AUGAUCCGUAUGGGCCAUUGGCUUGCUGGUGAAUGGCUGCCCUCUGGCUGCGGUGCAGUUCAAUAUGGGUGGGUUUUGCCCAGUCAUGAUCAAGGACUGUAUGCUAAGAUCGACCGGAAGCGAAACAUCGUAUUUGCUGGGGACCUGCAACUUCAAGGCAUAUAUUACCAUUUUACGCAACGGAUGACCACUUCGAAGAAUAAGCAGAUUCCUGCGCCGCGAGAGCGAGACUUGCAUCAUGAAUCUGGGACCGUCUCUCUGUCCUUCUUGUACGACCCUCAUCUCAAUGGGAGCCUGCUCAUGGAUGCCGUCGAAGCAUUUCGAGAUCAGACGCCGGAGAGUCCGAUGCUGCUGACCAUCGGUGCUGCGAACAGCGCGAGCGAAUCCGCUUCUUCGCAGGCAUACCUGGAUCGUGUGCAUUCAAUCGCCUCCUCAGCGCAUUCGCGCAGACCGUAUACCGAGCUUGGAUCAGAUCUGGAUUACCAGCAUGGACCAGGCGACCUGCUUCUCUUUGCGCCUGCCGAGGAAUCAUUCGACGCCGAGCGCUCGAAGCCUUUCCGCGAGCUGAAUCAAAAGUUGCUUGAAGCAUCUAUUGACACGCCCUUUCAUCUCAUAUCGGCUUUCACACAUAUGACCUCUGGGCCUGGCGAUUAUCUCGAGCCGGGCUCGCUCUUGGUCAAAGAGGAAGUCUUCCGCACUCGCGCGGAUCUGCUUCUCAACCUUCGGUGCAAUGCUAUAAUCGUUGGAAAGGGCCAUGCUAACAAUGUGGCCACAUGUUGUGCUAAUUGGCGAAGGUCCAAUGGGAUUCAACUUGUCGCCAUCAUCUCUCUUGGCAUGUUUCUGCCUGCUCUGGCCGUCCUGCAUAUUCGCACGAAACUACUCCCAAGCAAUGUUCGGCCUAUUCUAUACGCAUUCGCAUCAUUUAGCAUUGCAAUCUUGCUCGUCUUCAUUGCUGAUCGGAGCCACGUAUUUGGUCAUGUCCGCAAAGAUGCAUUCAGGUAUGAAAAUGGCGGAAUGCUGUUUCUGAUCUCGCUCAUUGCUGGUAUUGCAACCAUCCGUCGGGGCUCGACAGGCAAGUCGCAGUGUGCAAACAACAAUUUCCUGCCUCGCGAGCAGAGUAGCGAGUGGAAGGGCUGGAUGCAGCUUGUAAUCAUAUUUUAUCACUAUGGACAGCAUGAUGCUUCGCUGUCUGCAUUUCGAGGUUUUGACAGCAUGCAGGUCGCCGCUCUACCUGUCUGGCACUUCCUCCGCCUCUGCGUCUCCUCAUACCUCUUCCUCACUGGUUUCGGACACACAGUCUUCUUUCUGCAAAAGAAAGACUAUUCCCUACGACGAUUUGUCAACAUCAUAAUUCGUCUGAAUUUGCUAGCCAUCACCUUGGUAUACACUAUGCGAACGAGUUGGGUUACCUAUUACUAUAUUCCGCUCUGCACAAUCUGGUUCUUGAUCGUAUACGCUACACUCGCCGUUGGCCGUCACCAUAAUUCGAACACAAUAUUCCUGCUCGCCAAAAUCGCGGCUGCGGCAUUCUUGUUGAACAAGGUCCUGUACGCGGACGGGCUCCGCGAAGCACUGCUCGCAUUCUUCACGGCCAUGACCAAAGGCUACUUCCCCGUCAGCUUCUUCGACAAGCGCUUCAAUAACGAUCGCUACAUCGUCUUCGUCGGCAUGGCUGUUGCUCCCGUGUAUCUUUGGCUCACAGAUCUCAUCAAAUCUCACCAUGGUGGCCACAAAUCUUUGUUGGCAACGGCCAACGAGAAAAUUCCGAGCACAAGACAGAACUUCACCAAACUCGACAAGGCCGUACUCCAACACUGGACCCUAAUUAAAAGAGCCGCCGUUAUCACCGCCCUGAUCGGUCUCCUCGCAUUCUGGCGCUGGGGCUUCACACUCACCAAAUCCGCCUUCUCCGCACAACAAGCCUAUACGAAUUGGAUACCAAUCAUCUGCUUCGCAAUCCUCCGUAACGCACAUCCAACCCUUCGAAACUACCAUUCGAAAUUCUUUGCCUGGGUAGGAAAUUACUCGGGAGAAAUUUACGUUCUACACUUCCAUAUCUGGCUCGGCGCUGAUCAAGGCGCAGUGUUGAGGACAGGACUCUUUCAUGGAGAUGAGACAUUCUACGGAGAUCGCUGGAGAGACUUGACAGUGUUGACGCCUUUGCUUUUGGUUUGUGCUGCGCUGGUUGGGAAUGCUACGGGAAAGAUUGCGGAAUGGUUUGUCAAGGAUUGGGGGAUGGAGGAUGAAGAUGAGGGAGAGGAGGUGUAUCAGGAGAAGAGUGCAUUGACGUUUUUGAGAUCGUGGGCCAUACGGCCUUUGAGAAAAAGCUUGAAGAGGAGAUUUGUCCUUGUUUUGGUUGUGCUAUGGGGACUGAAUCAGCAGCUCUCAGUACUCGAACCCAGAAAUUGUAAUUUGGAAGCAAACUCCCAUAACGCCAUUGAAAGUUUAAACCAUGUUCUCCCAUCGUUUUUGAGAGCUGACCGGUCCUCCCAUGGUGCUAUGACAUCCCAACUUGUUUUGUCGGUGUGUCUGAUGUUUUCGUUACUCGAUUCAAGGAGGUGUAGCUGUCCAGAGUCGAAGGAGGAAAGCGCCGUCUCUUUCAUCCGGAGCAAGGGACGUUAA